AUGGCGUUAUCAGCAUACUACAACUACAACCCACGAGACGACUACGAUCUGUUACAGCUCGUUGAUGACCUGAUCAGACCUUCGUAUGAGUCACGACCACUGAGAGCACUGCGGAGAGCCAACGACUUGGCACAGCUGGUCAAUUUGAGGGGCGAUUCAGAGGUGCGGGAGACAGACAAGGAAUUUUGUAUUGAAGUAGAUCUUAGUAGUUUCAAUCCAGAAGAAGUGAAUAUAACUACUAAUGACAAGGAGGUGUGUAUCAAUGCCAAACAUGAGGAAAGACCAGACAAACAUGGCUACGUAUGUCGGUCAAUGACUCGCAAAUACACGUUGCCACCAGGUGUUGAUCCAAAGUCAUUUUGCUCCACUAUGAACAACCGCGGCAUCCUUCGCAUGACAGCAAGUAAGGACGCAGCAUCGGCACUUCCCAGAGAGGUCCCAAUCGCUGUGGAAUACAAGGGCUCCUAG